UUGUGUUGAUCUUAUACAAUCGUUUAAAUUUAUAAUGGGCCAAUUUUUAAAAAAAACUAUUUCAAUUAUCGUUUUUAUUUUAUUGAAUACAAUAUUUUGUAUGGAAAGAACGCACCUCAUGCCGAAUCUUCCAGUCGGACCAUAUAAACACAAAUUCAAAUAUGCUUCUAUUUGCAAUGCUUCAAUAGAUUAUCCCUUAAAAUUUAAAUAUUACUUAUCAAAGCCUACUCCAACACAAAUCUUAUUAAAGGGCAAUGUUACUUUCAAUAUUCCGUUAGAUGACAGAUUAUACUUUAACUUUAACAUGGCCGUUUGGUCAAAAAUUGGAGGAUGGAAAGAUAACGCAAUCGUUUACAAAAAUAAAGGUGCAUGUUCAAGUAUAAAAUUUCUUAUGGGAAAUGUGUGGAAUGAAUAUAUUUUGAAGCACCAUUUUACUGAUUGUCCCUUGAAACCUGGCUUCUACAAUGUGGAUGGGUUUGAUCUAUCACACAUGACUCAGACAAAUAUUACAAAACAAUUUUUCUAUGGUUCUUAUAAAACAUCAAUAUAUUAUACGGAUGAGAAAAAUGUUCAAGUUGGCUGUUAUUUUCUUCUUCUGGAUAUAUUGAGACCAUGGGAAUAGUA